CCUAACACUAUUCCAAUGUAGAAGCAGGUCCAAGAACCCCUUCCACAGGUAUUUGUCAACUUCCGUGGAGCUGAACUGCGCCAAAACUUCGUCAGGAAUCUCGUAUGGGCCUUGAAAGACUCAGGGAUCAACGUCUUCAUUGACAACCACGAGCAGAAAGGGAGAAAGCUAAAAGGUCUCUUUACAAGGAUCAAGAAGUCAAAGAUCGCGCUAGCAAUCUUUUCCAAGAGGUACUGUGAGUCGGAAUGGUGUUUGGAGGAGCUUGUGAGGAUGAAUAAACUUAUGGAGGAAAAGAAACUCGUGGUGAUUCCUAUCUUCUCAACGUAAGUGCGGAAGAGGUGAAAAGAGCAGCCGAUACCAAUAAAAAAUCCCGAGAAGGCGUUUCUGAUGGUGAAUUUACCGUUCUUUCAAGGAAAUGAAAACAGAAAUACAAAGACCCAGCCUGAGAUGGUGGAGAGAUGGGAGUGUGCCUUGAGGUCUGUGACUAAAAGAAUUGGCUUUUCUCUGGAAUAUUACAGAAACGAUGAGUUUGCAUUUGUCGCCGCGAUUGUUAGGGAGGUUAAGAGACAGCUACACAUGCAAACUGAAACAGAAUUGUCUAUUGUUUUUGUUGCUUUCUUGGCUCUUUUCCUCAACCUUCUUUUUAGUUUCAUCAUAGCCCCUCUGCUUUUCCCUGAUCUGAAGUUUUUCCAGACUCGUAAAUGGUUGUUAGGUUUUCCGGGAUUGGUUCUUGCCUUGCAAGUUUGGUACAAGAAAAACCAGAACGAAGCACUGCCUCCUUCAUAGUUCUGUUUUUGUUCUCGACUGUCUUUGUGUAGUUUUAUGCUCUGUUUGUUUGAUGUAUUGUACUAGUAGGUUCUGUGUUGUACAGUUUUUUGUUUCAUCUUUGAAAUGGGUUUAAAAGAUCAUUUGGUUGGUUUCUUGUACAAGCUAAGUUGUGUGCGGAGAAAACAGAACAGAGGACCUCUUGUUGUUUGAUCACCGUCAAGUUGUUUCGCGUUGUUUCAU